AUGAUCCGGCGUUAUUCACUAGCAAUAGGGGGAUCAUGUUGUUGCCCAGCGCCGCGGUUAAUCUCAACUGAGGCUUUCGUCUCAUCAGUAGAAAAGGUGCAACACCAGUUGGGUACAUCUGAGCGUAAACAAGACCUCAUUCUCCACGGGAGGCAGUUGUUUGAAAAUGAGUCACUCGAUGACAUCCACUCGGCGUGGACUCCAGUUGUGGCGGGAAAAAUAUGCCACGCGGCUACACAGCUGCGAAUAUCGCCAACCAAAGGCCAGCCGUUCGGUGCCGUCGUGGGAUUAAGCCUGACACCUGAGGCAGUGGGGGUGAUGGACGCACCAUCUCUAGCCCGCAUUGCUCACUCUUGUUUGAUUUUGCGUUCACCACAUCUGUACGAGGUCCUUUUCACGUACAUACGCAGGCUCAUUACACUCGCAGCAACUCUCGACACAGUUUCGUGUGCAGUUCUUAUCAACGCCUAUGGCAGAGCGCAGGUGCAUCACGAGGAAUUCUAUAAAGUUAUCUGCGACAGGGCGGCCGUUGUGAUGAAGGACCCACGCACGUUCGUAGCGCAUACGGCGAACGUGGCACACGCCCUUUCCCGUGUGCGGUAUUUUCACAGAGACCUAUUCCUUACGUUACGUGAUCAAGCAGAACGACAAGCAUCACAAGGACCACCGCUAGUGGCUGUCACCAUCCUUGAUGGGUUUGCGGAAAUCGGUUUCGUGGACGACGCAUUAUUCACCGCGCUUGAGCAACGCUUGCUCGGAGAACUAGCGGAGUUACCGGCGCCACUGAUGGCAUCCCUCGUUUCGUGCCUCGCAAAGGCCGGACGAGCCCCAUCACCUCUUUUUACGGCGUGUGGUGAGCGGAUUGUGGCUAUUGGCAAUACAUUUGACUCGAAUUCUAUUGCGAAGACGUGUGAUGCCUUUUACCGCGCUAAUGUACCCGCCGAGGAGGUACUUGGGACACUUGCUGAACGCGCUUGUAAGGUUGUUGCUGAUUUCCGACCUGAUGAGAUCAACCAAACAUUGAGCUCCCUCGCUUCCUUCGACCUUUUCGACGGUGAGCUCUUUCCAUUGUUAGCGUCGCGCUUCGUGUCUAUCGUGAAACAAGGCGGGUACGUCAGUCCCGUUGACGCCGCCGGGAUCUUGACGAGCUUCGCUGUCGUGCAGGAGAGGAGCGACGAACUCGUGCACGUCUGUACGCAGUUGCUGUCCGUGCACCGUGAUGCACUUGAUGGGAUAACACUCCUGCAAACUUUGUGGGCAUGUGUGACACUCAACGUUCGUAACGAAGCCCAGCAGAAUCUUUUACAGUGUUUGAGCAGUGGUGCGGUGGUUUUGCCAGAUGAGGCGAGUGCUGAAAAAGAGUCGAAAGUGGUGCUUGAACGGCUUCUGUUCGUAAAGAAGGCAUACGGUUUACAGUGA